AUGGCAGACGUCCUUGCUACCGGAAGCGCAGUUGUUGGUAUUAUUGUUGCUGCUUUCCAUAGUGCCAGGCUCCUGCAUGAUGAUUUCAGUGCUGUAAGAGAUGCGGGGGAGACCAUCAAGCCUCUUGUCGAUGAUCUCAAUUCUGUUGUCGGUGUACUUUCAUCCCUAGAUGCUACUGCGAAAAGAAGCGAUCAAGUCCAAGGAGUUCCAAGCGAGAUUGACAAUGACAAUUUCAAGGCGGCGGCUAAAAAUUGCAACAAGAUUUGCACGGCAUUUCGAGAAAAAUUGGUCAAGUGGAUAAGACAUCCAUCAAAUAAUAAAAUGGAUUGGAGAGAUAGGUUCAGGGUUGGAUUUCUGGCUGAGAAGGAACUUUUGGAGUUCAACAGACAAUUGGUAGCAUGCAAAGGGACGCUCACAAUUGCACUGCAAAUGGCAACAUUUUCGGUCGCUUUACGACAGACCCAUAACACUGAAUCAGUUAUCGAAAAUUUAAACGAUACUAACAAGAGGAUAAAUCAAGCGGGUCAUGUUGUUAUAGAUCGCAUCGACAACCUUGAGUAUCAAUUGCAAAGGGUUACAGUUGAAGAAGUCUCUAUACCAGAGGAAGAUGGAAGUCAAGUCUUAUCACACUCGCCAGAUGGACCAGAAAGCCAGGCUGUGCUUGAAUCAACCAACGAAACAUCACAAUUUCUACCGCAGCCAUCUCCACAAGAGAUGAUGGAUAUCUUCGAGAAAACAUGGAAAGCGGCACUAGCAGAAGUUGCAUCCCACCGAAUCAAGAUUGGUAAAGUGACUCAAGCCUCCAACGCAAAAGCAGUUGUAGGUGUUCACGGACUGAAAAACGUCAACGAAAUGAAUGUGGAGAUAGACGACGUUUCCAUAGGACAGGGAGCUUGGUCGCUUGUAGGGGUCUCAGAUGGUGUUGAUUUGAAUGCAUUCUUUAAAUAA